UGUAAAAAGUUAAACAAAUUUUCAGCAGAUAAGCUGGCAGUCUAAUUUUCUUAUUUCAAUAGGUUAAUUAAAAGCAAAAUGUAAUAUUAAUAUACUAGGUGGCUAGUCAUUAAAUUAAAUAAAAGCUUAUAGUAUUUAAAAAAAUUAUUUAAAAUGGAUUCAGCAAAUAUACAGACGUUUCCGCGAGAUUUACAUGUUCCUGUGGAUAUGAAUAAAUCCCUGGAAGAAAUGACUCCUGAGGAAAGAAUGAGAUACGAACAUCAGCAAAUGCAUGAAAAGCAUCGAGGACAUGAGCAAAUGCAUUCAGAAAUGGUUUUAGUUCUAUUUGUGACAUUAAUUUUUGCCCAAAUUGCUUUAGUGGAAUGGAAAAAACGACAUUAUCGUUCAUAUUCACUAGUUUCAUUAAUUGCAAUGUGGAUUAUCCCGAUUGUAAUUUCUAUACGCUAUAUAUGGAUUAGAUUUAUUAUAUCGUGGGUAAUAUUUACUUUUAUAACGAUAAUCGUAAUGAGAAAAGCGAUGAUUAAACCAAUUGAUGGUACAACUCCAAGACUAGUGUACAAGUGGUUUUAUUUUAUAUAUAAACUUAGUUAUGGUUUAGGAAUAAUUGGUUAUUUAGUUUGUUUCGCUACAUUUAUUGGAUUUAAUUUUGUUUUCAAUCAACCGCCAAACAUAUGGAUGGAUACAGCCUUCUUAUUUAUAUUUUAUGGGCUCUACUUUGGAGUUCUAGGUCGUGAUAUAUCUGAAAUUUGUUCAGAUAAAAUGGCAUCCCACAUAGGAUACUAUGCUCCGCAAGGGAUGCCUACAAGACAUUUAGAAGAUAAUGUAUGUGCUGUAUGUGGAAAUAAAUUAUUUGUAAGUGAAAAAGAAGAGGGUGUAAUCGAAAACACAUAUAAGUUGUCAUGUAAUCAUGUUUUUCAUGAAUUCUGUAUAAGGGGAUGGUGCAUAGUAGGCAAAAAACAAACUUGUCCUUAUUGUAAGGAAAAGGUUGAUUUAAAAAAAAUGUUCUGCAAUCCUUGGGAGCGACCUCAUGUUUUGUAUGGAAGGCUGCUAGAUUGGAUUAGAUGGUUAGUAGCAUGGCAACCAUUGAUAUUUUUCCUAGUUCAGGGAAUUAAUUGGGCACUAGGACUGGAAUGAUAGUUAAUUAACAAAAUUUUUUUAAAAAAUUUCGUGUAAUAUCAUCUUAGCCUAAAAAAAAAAAAACUGAAAACUGAAGAGGAAAAAAUUUUUAUUCGUAAAAUAAAAUGAAGUUUUAUAGCAAUUAUAAACACUUAUUCAGUCAUGAAAUUUACACUAGCCUAAUUCAUAAAUGUUUAAAUCAAUUUUUGUUGUAUCAGAAUGAUAGCCUUAUUUAUUUUUAAAUUAUAAUUCCAAAUGUACUACAUAUUUUGUUUUUUAGCUGUGACCUUAUUUAAAAUAAUUUUUUUUUUUUGUUAUUUGAAUCAAAAUAAAUUUGAACAAAA